AUGGCUCUCAACUUGCCCUUCUCCUCUCCCUUCAAGAUCCCUCUUCCCAGACGAUUCAUCGUUCUCAUUCUCUCGGGCGCCAUCACCAUCCUCUUCCUUCACACCUUCGCCCCCUCAACUCUUCCCCCAGUCUUCACACCGAAUCUCCCCCACCACGAACCCGACGCAUCCUACUUUUCCCCUUCCAAAUGGCUCCCACCGAUCCUCAAUCCCAACACCCCGUCUAGACCAUCAGAGUUUGACGAGGAGGGGCAAUGUCUAUUCGUGUCACCCUUCGACGCUCUUUCGCCAGCCGAGAAGGCGCGAGCUCAGGUUCUCGCAUUGGAGGAGAUCUCUGCGGGUAUCGUCCGAGCCAAGGCACCUCCGGCAGAAGGCAACGAUGCCGACCCAGACUUUGACGAUGAGUUUUCAGCCCUCAGCAAUGAGACCAGGAAGCUUCCCGUUGGUCUGUCGCAUCCCAUACUGGGUUUGCUGAGGGACGGGGAGGUCAAGUGGAAUGCCAUGCUCGCCAAGCAGAGUAAGACGCUGGACCAGGCGGUGGACGCGUAUGUAGACAAAUGGGGAAGACAGCCACCCAAGGGCUUCGAUGAGUGGUGGAUCUUUGCUCAGGCCAACAAUGUCUUGCUGCCUGAUGAAUACGACGCCAUCGUGGAGUCGCUUCUUCCCUUCUACGCCUUGCCCAUCGAGUCUCUGAAGACCCGAAUGGCCGAAGCUGAGACUGUGGCUGAAACGUUCACUCUGAUCGUUCACGACGGCAAAGUCGAGCUGCAAUGGAACGACGACUAUUCUAGAGACACUUGGUGGGCGAGUCGACCUAGGGCUGACAGUCAGAUCAAUUUGAUGGAGCCCUUCAUCAAACAUAUCGGUGCUUUCAGGGCUACGUUCACCAUUCACGAUCAACCUUCCAUCCUUCUCGACCAGGAUCGCGAGUCUGAGCUCCUCGACGCUGCCCGAAAGGGCAAAGUGGUCACGAGCAAGGACGAGAUUGAUCGCCCCGAGCAGAACUGGCACAAGGCUUGUGCCAAGGACAGUCCCCUCAAUAAGGGCGUCGUUGAGGAGCUAUCCUCCGACACCUUCAUCUCAUCCCACCUCUCCGCCAUGGACAUCUGUGAACACCCAGCCUACAUGGAGAACCACGGUAUGCUCCUCGAGGAAAAGAACGCCGACACCCACCCUAAGCCGCAUACUAAACUCUUCCCCAUCUUUGUGCCUUCCAAGACUGCACUCAACGGUGAUAUCCCCGUCACUCCUAUCGGCAAAGAUGGUCGUCGAGAUGAUGUCGGCCACGAUCCUGAUUGGUCCAAGAAGAGUGGCAAGCUUUACUGGAGGGGUCUUGCGACAGGUCUCCAGCACAACAAGGGUUCGGGUGCGAAAUGGCGACAGUCCCACCGAGAGCGACUCCACUUCCUCGCCAACGACAAGGGCGAGGACUACACCGAAGUCCUCUCCCCCGUCGGCUCCUCAGGUGAGGCUGAGGCUGCAAGGCUGCCAUUGAGGGAGCUUGGGCAGUACUACAUGGACGUCAAGCUUGCCGGUGGCCACUGGCAAUGUGACUGGGAUGAUGGGUCGUGUGAAGAGAUGAACAAGGAGAUUGACUUUGCUGGCAAGGACAGCUCUGAAAAGAGCAACGAAUACAAAUACGUCUUUGAUACUGACGGUAAUGCUUGGUCAUCCCGUUUCCCACGAUUGAUGGCUUCCAACAACGUUGUCAUCAAAUCUACCGUGUUCCCCGAGUGGAAUACCCGUACCCUCCCCGAGUGGUACGCAUACAUCCCAUCCAAGAUGGACUACUCGGACUUGUUUUCCAUCAUGACUUUCUUCCGAGGAAAUCCAUCAGGCAGGGGUGGCCACGAUGAAGUUGCUCGGAGAAUAGCGCUCAAUGGCCAAUGUUGGGUUGAGCGAACAUGGCGAAGAGAAGACCUCCAAGCAUACAUGUUCCGUCUCUAUCUCGAAUACGCCCGUCUUACUAGCCCGGAUAGAGAUACGGGCAAGAUGGACUACGUGUCGGGGCACGCGGGGGAGAGCCGUGAGGCAGAGGAAGUGCCGGUGGCCGAGAGAUAA